GCGAUGUCUUUGCGCCGAUGGGCACGGCCGAUGGUCCGCCUCGGACGGACCCGCGCCGUCGCGCCGCGACGCUUGCGGCAGUUCUCGUCCUUCCAGAGAGAUAUAGAUGGCCAACGAAGAGGCCCGACGCGAUACUGGCUCCGCGUGGCGCUGCUAGGGCUCGUCGUGGGCUCGUCCGGCGCGCUGCUGGGCUCGGAGGACCGCCAACGUGCGGCCCGCGCAGUGGUUUCGCUCGGACGCAUCUUGGCAGAGAUCGCGUACGACCAGAGGGACCACAGUAGCGAAGACGCAAGAGAGGCGGCGUCGGCGGAGGACCGCAUCGCGUCGAUCUUGGCGACGAUGGCCCAAGAACAGACGUUCCGGCAGGCACUCGUGGCCCACGGUGGCGUCCAAGUGCUGCUAAAGGCACUGCCGCAUGCAAACGACGUAAUCCUUCGGAAUCGCAUCCUUACUGCCAUUGCCUCCGUCGCCACGACGCCAGGCACUGACGCCGCACUGGCGGACCUCGAGACCACGUCGCACCUCUUAUUACACCUCCCUGCCGCUGACCUGCCUCUGCUCGACCGGCUCAAGAUCGACAUGGCGCUCAAGCAUGUCCAUGACGUGCCCCGCCGUCCCGCCAUCUCGCUGCCCAUCGACGUGGCGCCGACCGUACAUCGCCUCGCGUCGGCCACGGUGCUGUCCAGAGCCACGAGCGACGAGCGCAAGUUUGCGCUGCAGUCGCUCACGUCGCUCUUGCUGACCGCCGAGAGCCAGAGUGCGUCGGCCGCGCUGGACACGGCGCUGCGCACGCUGCUCAGCAACACGCCACUGGUCGCGAAUCUGCGCGAGCUCGCAGUGACGCCGGCGUCGCCGUUGCAAGAGCCCGCCGCGACCCUUCUCGUGGCGCUCUUCCGCCUCAGUGGCCUCUGCGGGAUCUCGUUGCAAGAGCCAGCGUCGUGGCACGCGCAGUUUGUGUCGUGGGCGUACGUGGACGCGCCGGCCGUGCACGUCGCCGCCGCCGAAGCGUGGCACCUCAUCGCCAAGCAAUCGCCCGACGUCCUUCUCUCGUCCAAGGCCGGCCAAGACGCGCUGUUGCAGCUCGCGCGCGCCACGUUUCCGCCGACGAGCCGCACGCCGAGCGUCCAGAUGCACAUUUGCGCCAUCGUGUCGGCGCUGGGCGACCGCUUCACGGACGGCGGCUUGGGCACGACGAUGGCGACACCCAUGUCGCGCGUGUUUCGUGAUGCUGACGUCCUCGACGCUGCCGAGCUGGACGCGACGCCGGUCCUUGGCUGGGUCGACGUGCUCACGCAGUGGUCUUUCCACGGCACGUCUGCAGUCCGCCACCACGCGAUCCAGAGUCUCUCGCACCUCGCGCUGCGUCAAGACGCGUCGCGCCGCGUGCUGCAAGCGUGGAUGCUCGGUCUUCUCCGGGAGCUCUUCGCGGCGCCCGUAUGA